ACCUGACUGUUAGAGCAGUGUGUGUGAGAGCAGCAGCAGCAUGCACAGGUCGUACCAGCCACUGAAGCCCGUCACCAACCGCUUCCUGCAGCAGAGAUGGGACCAGAGUGACUAUGACGGCCACCGCAGGAAGGUGAGCACGGCACUGCCAGUGGUGGACAACAAAGGAACAAAGACGCCGGCUCACGUCCAGCUCAAUCUGAAAAAACUCCAGCUGCAGGACGAGCGUCUGUCCGUCAUCAACAGAGAUAACGGCCUCCUCGCCUCCAAACUGGCCGCCAUUGUUCGCUCUAAGGGUCAGGUGGACCAUCGGAACCAUUACCACCUGAGGAGUUUGAACGCUGACAGAAGGAGGGAGGAGCUUCUUCUGGUCAGCCGCCAGAAUCAGGCCAUCUACCAACGAAUCACAGCUCGCCAGUCAGAGUACCGCCGCCAGGUGUGGCUGGACGACUGGGAGAGGGCGGAGCGUCGACUGGACGACGUCUCCAGGUACCCCCGAGGGAUCGCACAGAAACAGAGGUCUCACAGGAGGGUGAAGUUUGCAGCGGUGGACAGCAGCGAGCGCUCGAUGAGCUGCAGCACCACGGACACGGAGAGGACGGGCAGAGAGACCUGAAGCAGAAGGACUGAAUGAAUCUUCAUGAAGUUUAAAAUAAUCCUCAGAUGAUUAAAAACACUGAAUCCUGA